AUAGCAGUGCGUAGCCCGUAUCCUCUUCUUCUCUCGCCUCGUUUCGUUUUCCCUCUCUCUUCUCUGUUAUAUUCUUACGUCCAUGAUACGCCUUAGGGGAGAAGUGUGUGUUGGAUUCGCGUCGCUCCUAAGCUUGGUAGCAGUUCUGCUGCUGAUCUUCCUCCAUGUUGGCCAAAUUAACACCUCUAGCGUGCCCCAUAGCAUCGCGAUGGUGACAGUGAAUACCUCCGGUUAUGGAACGGCCCUUGAAAACUCUUUCCAAGUCCCAAUCCAAGGCCUUUAUACCAACAACGCCACAGCCCCACUCCAGAACGCAACCGGACUCAGACCAUUGUAUGAGUUCGGCUUGUACUCAUAUUGUGGCUUUGUGAAUAGCUCUCUUGGAACAUGUACAAAUCAUACCGCGGCCAGGCCUUUUGAGCCCUACCUGGCCUUGAAAGCCGACAUGAUACUAAACUAUACCCAGUUUACGGAUGGCAUCUUUUAUUUGACCCCCACAAUCUUCACAGAUAGCUCUUACUUUGGGUCACAUACCCAUGCGGCGUACUACUUUCUUAUAAUAGGAGCAGUACUGGCGACUGUCUCUCUCGUGACCGGGGUCGUGCAUCGUGGCUGGGCCUUCGUCCUUUCUUCCGUGACGUCCAUCGUUGCUGCCAUCUUUAUCCUGAUCGGAGCUGCCAUAUGGACUGCAGUCAUUAAGAAAGCCGAAAAUGUUAACACCUACUCCACAUCCGCCGGCUUUCCUACAGGUAUUGAGGUUGCUGCAGGGAAAGGUUUGGCUCUUGCGUGGGCAGCAUUUGCUUGCCUCACAGUGUCCAUAAUACCCUAUAUGAUCAGCUGUUGCACAUACCGCGGAUGAUUCCAUAAUGCAGCGCAUCAAAUGUUAUUCAUGAAAUUUAUUUACGGACUAAAUGCUAUAUGACAUUGGUCAUAAUGCUCGAGCUCGCCACGGAAACAAAGUACAAUGUAUCGACAUUGACAAUAGAGAUUGUUAGCGUUGGCGCAUUUCGCACCAUGUAGUGUCCCUACUGAAUGGGAAAUCGC